AUGGGCGGCAAGGCCAAGUUUAAAAAGCACACGGCGGCGGACCUCGAGCGUCGACAGAAACAGGUGAACAAAGGCGGCGGCAAGACUGGUGCUGCCACGCGUGCCGUUGCCAAGCUCAACUUUACGUGCGAUAUCUGCAUGAGCGCGUCCCCAGACAUCAAGUCGUACGAGCUGCACUACGCGAGCAAGCACCCGAAAACGACCUUCGACCGGGAGUCCAUGAUCAGUAAAGCAGAGGCGCUGCGUGACCAGCAGCAAGACCACUCUGCUAACGGCUCGCAUCACAAGAAGAAAUGA